CUUUUGCGGUCUAUCGGUUGCUUCGCUAUUCUUUCACGUAAACGGUAACGUAAAAUGGCGAAUUGGAAUUGUUAUUUACUUGCGCGCAGUAUAACGAAAUAAUUUUGGUACGAACUAAGAAGUAUUUGUUGCUGUCGAAUUUGGAAUUGUAUAUUUACUUCAUCUUGCACAAACGACUGUUUUAUUGAGCAGAUACUCUAAUUCGUUGCUCUACAGAUAUGAUAUUGAUGGACUGGUGUAAUCCUGUAUAGUAGUGAUAUUAAUCAAUUUAAUAGUAAACUGCAUUGACUGAUAAAAGAUCAUAUUUGCAAGCAGUUAAGUCUCGAAUAAUAUGGCACAGUAUUAUAAUUUUGUGACCAAUGCCAGUGGUACAUUAACGCUUGAAGAAGUAGAGAGAAUAUGUUCUCUAGAUGGGCGAAGUGUUCAAUUAGUUGUUGAAGACGUAAAUAACAGUGGUAAUGGUUCUCAGCAAUUUUUGACUUACACCACUGCAUCGCAAAACAGCGGUCAAGCAAUAUUUUCGCAGCAAAUUAACUUAGGGAAUCAAGUCUCUGCAACGCAAUUGGAACAAGGGUUCUAAGGCUUUGGUAGGUUGUAAUAAUGAUGGGCAACAAAUACAAUGGAUAAAAAUGCAGGAAAAUAAUGUUACACUAAAUGCAGUUUCUAAACAGAAUCCAUUAAUAUCUGACAAAACUCAGACUGCCAAUUUAAAUGAGAAUCAAAAUAAUACUUCCUCCCAAAAUCUUCUACAUGGACAUUGUGAAUUAUCAUCAUUAAAUACUGGGAUUAUAAAAAGGAAACCGCUUAGGCUAUAUCAAAACAGAAAUCGUCAUUCAACAAACAGUAUACAAACUGGACCCUCAUCUACUCUUGAUAGAGUGAAUGUAACAAGUAAUAUUGGACCUCAACUACAAAACGCUAAUGUGUCAAAUAUCAGAGCAUCUAUACCAUCAUUUUGUAAUAAAUCAAUCAGUGCUGUUGGGCAAAAUGUGACCCCACUUUCAACACAAGUACAUAAUUCUUUGAGUACAGUGCAUAUAAGACCUCAAACUCCCGCAUUAAUGCAAAAAAAUUCUCUGAAACCUCCACAAUCUAAGAUGGAGCAAACGAGAUUAAAACAAAUGCAAAGUGAUCAAAGGUUACAAGGAAAUAAUCUGCAACGACUAUCAAACACUACAUCACAAUUAGCACAAGGUUCAUUAAAUACACAGCGGCAACAUACAGUUGUGAAUGCAGCACAUCAAAGACAACAAACGACAACACAAUCACAAUUCCAAAAACAGUCGGCUUUAACACAAAAAACGCAAUAUGAACAAUCAUCUAUCACAUCUCCAUCUCAAAACGUACAAAGUAUGGAUGUUGAAUCAUCAGAUUCCUUAGUCGUAGAACAAUCGAACCAGCAAAAUUUUUCGUCACAAACUGAUUCAGAAAACAGUUCUUCUGAAAGUAUCGCUUAUCUUCAACAAGUUAUCGAUAAUCCAACGAAUACUAUAGUUCAGCACCAAAUACAGGGCAAUACUGCGAAAAUGUUAGUGACAUUUGUUAAUGGUGAACAGAGAUUAAUUACGUUUGACAUACCAAAUGAGGAUUGUACGGUUCAAGAUUUACUGGAGCAGGCAAACAUUAUAUAUUGUGGAUCAACAACUGUUUCUUUAGUUUCUGAUCCUACUUUGGGUAUAAACUACAUUGUGGAUACUAGAUCCUCUGCAAUCACAGCACUACAUGACACAACUGAAAAUGAUAGUUCACAGGAAAACUCAGCUGCUAGUUUAGAUAAUUCUCAUAUUUCACCGGAUGAAAAUAGCAACCCUAUCCAGCAAAAUGAGGAGCCUAUGUGCAUUGAGGGAAUGCUUGCUGUCUGUUCACACUGUGGCUUCAGUUCAAUCGACUUCAAUCGGUGUUUACGGUGUAAAAGAAAAUUACCCAAGGAUGUGAAGUCUAUACCCAUGACAAUGGGUAUACAUGAAAAGAAGGAGACCAUGCUAUCAGUCGAUACAUUUUAUAAAAAAAACAAUGAAAGAAAUUCAUCAGCAAAAUUGGAGAAAUUAGAACGUGACGGAUCUGUUUAUAAACGAGGAAGGGGGAGAGGGAGAGGUGGUUCAAGACCAAGGCCUAUGCAUAAAGAGCCAGAAUGUUUGACAAUUUCAUCGGAUGAAGAAGAGGAAGGAAAAAAUAAAUCAUCGGAGGGCUCUAAUAACAGUACAUUUUCACAUAUUACAAGUAAUAGUUUUACUGAAGAAAUGGACACCAUUCUUGAAAAGGAACCAGUAAUUACAAACAAUUCUAUUUCUAGCACAAGUGCAGAUUAUGCUAUGGAUAGUGAAGAUGUAACAAAAGAUAAUUCUGUUUCAUCUCCUCAUACCUCUGUGUUGUGUCGAACUGUAAGGAUAGGCUCUUAUAAAUAUGUUCCUCGAGAGAGAGUUUUAAUCUCUCAAAGCGGUGUCAGAUUUGGUAUACCAUUAUUGGAAGAUGAUACAACCUUUGUGACAUUAGAAGUUAAAUUACAAGAUCUUGUAAAAGUACUCAUUCAUUUUGGGAAAUCAAUGCCAGUGCUCUUCUUUUAUACGUCUACCAACACUGGUGCUAUGAUACGUGAAUUACUAGGAAUGCAAGAUCCCAAAGGACCAUACUAUGAUCCCGCAGGAAAAGAUCAUACACAUAAGCGGAUAACUUUACUGCCUGAGAAAUUAUCCGAGGAAUCGAAAGUUGUGCUUAAAAACUUAUUUUCGCGGAAAGGAUUGCUAGAAGAAUUAAGUUCGAAAGAAGCAAAUGAUAUCCUUGUACGAGCAUCACCAAAAGAUAGUUCACAAAUUCAAAGUUUAUCGAGGAGAGACAGUCAACCAUCUUCAUUAAAUAAUUCCAACACUAAUGGCGGGAUACAGACAAUAACUGUAUAUCCUCCACCACCUGCAAAGGGUGGUAUAGCCAUUAAUACUGAAGAUUAUUUGUGUCUCGGUGAAGACCAGUUUUUAAAUGAUGUUAUUAUAGAUUUCUAUCUGAAAUAUUUGACAUUGGAAGUUUUAUCACAGAGUGAUCAGCAAAAAACACAUGUAUUUAGUUCAUACUUUUAUAAACGAUUGACAAGUCCACAUACGCAAGCUGUUGAAAGUAAUGUUCCUCUUUCACCUGCUGCAAAAAGACAUGUAAGGGUGCAAAAAUGGUCAAAAAAUGUAAACAUAUUUGAGAAAGACUUUGUUAUAAUUCCUAUAAAUGAGCAUGCCCACUGGUUCUUGGCUAUUAUUUGUUUUCCUGGAUUGGUGGGCGAAGUCUCUACAAAUCGUACCCAUUCCUCGGAAAACAAUAUUCGUAAGACUGUACAGAGAAGUAAAAAGUUAAAAGAAGUAAAACUAGAAGCUGUUACGAUUGGAAGCACUACUUUGGCACCUGUGACGACGACUAUAACUAUAGAUCAACCUGAUGAUGGUUCUGAGAGAGAUGAAGCAGAAGGUGACGAUGACGAGAUGGAAAUGGAGAGCGAAGAAGAUGACGAAUCUGAAAAUGCCGAUGCUAAAAGUCAUUCAUUAAAAAUAGAACAAAAUGUAUCACAAGAGAAAGAUACUAUUAAAGUGCCGUGCAUAUUAAUAUUUGAUUCUCUUGCGGGAGCAAGUAGAGCACGAGUGGUAGCUACAUUAAGGGAUUAUUUGAGUUGCGAAUAUGUUGCAAAAAUGGGAAGCGAGAAAGUAUUUUCAAAGGAUACUAUUAAAGGAGCAUCGUUGAAAGUUCCUCAGCAAUCAAAUUUUACUGAUUGCGGCUUAUAUGUAUUACAAUAUGUGGAGAGCUUCUUUAAAAAUCCCAUUAAAGAUUAUACAUUACCAAUUAAGACGUUGAAAAAUUGGUUUGAAGAAAUAACUGUGACCCGGAAAAGGGAAGAACUUUCGAAACUAUUAAUUACAUUGACGAAUGCAACCAAAGGGGACAAAAAUAUUACUAUACCUAUCGUAAACUUUCCAACACAAGAUGGUAAAUUAAAAACUAAGGCUGAAAAUCACGUUGAUAUAAAGUCCAUAAAGUCCGAUGUAGAAGAUAAAAAAAAGACUACGUUAGAUGGCGAAAGUCGUGUUAGUAACAAUAUGCCAAAUCAAACAGAAAAUAUUGAACCAACUAAUGAAGUAAUUAGUAGGACUACUUAUCGGAUCAUUCCUUAUUCUCCAUGUACAAGUUCCAGUUCAACUGAAAGUGUUUCAUCAGAACUGUUUACAGAAUGUAAAACAUCUCAUCCGAGAUCGUCAAGUGAAAUGAUGUCAUAUUUAAAAUCGAAACGAAUUCCCAGGUUAAUGUUAAAAACAGAGAAUCAGGACGACUCGCAAGCGGCCAAAAAGCACAAAGGAGAGUCUUUUGAUUCUUGUAAAUAAAGUUUACUUUCUUUUUUAUAAUGAUAAAAAUUGAAGUUAACCCACAUUCAUAAACAAACAUGGAAUCAUUUACUUAUGUAAUAAAUGUAGUUAAUACUUCGUAAAAUGAAUAAAAACAUUCAAUCAUAA